AUGGAUCCAACACGGCCUCUCCAGCACGCCAACGCCCUCCCGCACAAACUGCGACCCAGCCUGGGACCCUCAGACGCACCAAACCCCAUCCCCCCCGCGUCAACUGAAGUCCACUUCCACCACCGCUGUGCCAAAAUCGUCAAAUUCGAACUCCCCCAGUCCGCCCACAUCCCCCCUCCCACCGACAUCUCCUCGGAGCUUGACUACGUAGUCGACGCCAUAGAGACCCUCCCAUGGCGCCUCUCUACAGAGCGAAUAGUAGCCCUCGGCCAUAUGAAAAUAGAACACGUCCCGGGCUCAACCAUAUUCCUCAAAUCCGGCAGCGUGGUGCAGACGCUCAUGAAGAACUGCCAAUGCUGGUGCGUGGAUGGGAAUUCCAUCUUCGUCAUCCGCAUAAGACGGCUCACAUAUUACCGCAUCGAACUUCCCUAUGAGACGGAGCGGGAUAAGGAGCAGGUGGAGGCGCUGAAGAAGGUGCUCUCGACAAUUAUUAGGUAUGAGGUUACUCCGUGUCCGUUCAAGCGUGGGUUUUCGGUCGAGCUGCCUGAGGAGUCGAAGACGCCGCGGAAGAAGAAGGCGUGGCGGCCGAAACUGGAGCACGGCUUUGAAGCGCGGAAACUUAGCUUUGGAGAGGCGAAUUCGGAGAGCCUGGGGUGCGGGCGGAGUGAUGCGGAGAGCACCCGCACGGGGAACACUGAGGAGGGUGAUAUGACUGAUUGCAGCGAAAGAACCCCCAAAGCACGUCGCUGUGUAUCUCUACCCCAUCAUGAUGGGCGGUCACCCCCUCUACCCAUGCGUUCCCAGGCGGUCCGGAACGUCACGGAGCCCACGUACGCCUUCGACUCGCUCAUGGCUACCUUCCAAGCUCUGCCCGAGAGCGAAUGCGAAAGCGACAUGGAAAUGCAAAUGGAAAACGACCAUCUAUCGUCAAGCGUCGAUUCAUUCCACUCCUUCCAAUCUUCUCGCUCCCCGCUCCUCCCCCCCUCGCCUCCAUACUCCAAUACUCCCUCCCCUCCAGACUCUCACCCCUUCAUCACCGCAGAGAAGCUACACACCCCGCCCCAACGCUCUCAUAACGGCGGAUCGUCCCGGGAAACCACCAUCUUCGAAUUCCCAGCGCCCAGGCAACCCGAUCCAGAGACAGAAUCUCGCCCCAAAACCCCGCCUGCACCACCCACACAUCCAACCCCAUCCCCUCUCCCCCCUGCCUCACCCAAAGAAAUACAUACACCCCCAUCCCCAUCCCCACUACCGUCAAACCCCCGCCACCGCACCCACGACUCCCGGAUGCGCGACCUCUCCCCCCUCCCCCCCCGCUCAACGCUCUCUCUCUACCAGCCCUCGCCCAUCAACAAACUAACAACAACCAUCCUCCGCAAAACCUGCUCGCUCGUCAUAAGCACGCCCAUCCAAGUUCUCGCUGUGCUGCUGCAUAUCGCUGCGAGAUUGGCGAAGAGGGAUGGGUUGCGGCUCGAGCUGAGGAAGGGUUGCAAGUCUGUUGUCGAGGACGACGAGGAUGAAGACGAGGAUGACGAUAGAGGGGAUGUGUGGAGCGAGGAUGAUUUCGGGAUCCCGAUAUCGGUACCAGCUUCUGCGUCGAGGAGAUGGAGGGAGGAGAAGGAGAAGGAAGGGGAGGGUGGGGGCUGGUGUGACAGGUGGAGUGAGGAGCUGGAUUGA